UCACUCACUCAUCAGUCAAAUCCAAAUCUCACGAGUUUCUUUCUCCCUCUUAGUUCAAUUCGAAUUUCGUCUCUCAAUUCUGAUCAUUUUAGCUCUGCAUCGUCGAAGAUGUCGUCCCACCAGCACCAGCAAAGCUACAAGGCUGGAGAAGCCAAGGGCCACGCUCAGGAGAAAACAGGGCAAGCAAUGGAUACAAUGAAGGACAAGGCCUCGCAGGCUGCAGACUCCGCGCGCGGCCGCACCCAUGACGCCAAGGAUCAAACUGGAAGCUACUUGGAUGCCGCCAAGGAGAAGGCGUCUCAGACAGCUCAGGCCACCAAGGAGAAGACGUCUCAGACAGCUCAGGCCACCAAGGAGAAGGCGUCUCAGACAGCUCAGGCCACCAAGGAAAAGGCGUCGGAGUUGGCGGAGUCGGGGAAGGAGACAGCCCAGGCGGGGAAAGAGAGAACCGGCGGAUUUCUGCAGAAAACAGGAGAACAAGUGAAGGGGAUGGCGCAGGGCGCGGCGGAAGCGGUGAAGCACACAUUCGGGAUGGCUGAUGUGGAUGAAGAGGAUCCCCAUAGUAAGACUGGCCACUAAGAAGAUACAGAGGAGAUGCUUCUGUAGUCUGUUUUGUGGGUCGUAUUGCUCUUUGUUUGUGGCCUUUUUCUUUUUGCUUGAAAGAAAAUCUUGUGUGUCCCUGGAGUCUGUUUUACUCUUACAGGGUUCAUGGGGUUGUUUGUUUUUUUCUUAAAUGGUAAGUGUAGUUGAAUAAUGUUGGCUUGGUGGUGCAAUGAAAUGUUGGGGUUUGGCACCAUCAUAAACUCCUUGGAAGAGA